GCUACUCUCCCAGAUUUUGGAAAAGAAGUUUGACUUAAAGUGGGAUUUGAAACACUCUGAUUCUUAGAAAGCAAGUCCUCAGAUUUGAAUGUACAUUGGAUCAAACAGAGGCCGAAGACCUAGUCCAGGAGGUAGAGUGAAUAACCACGUUUUCAGUGCCGUAUAUCGCGAGACUUCUCUAAGGUGUCUGAUCCUUUGGUGACUCAAAUCUUACUCAUCUGACUGUUGAAGAAAAAAAUUCAGAUCAUGUGGAGCGGCCAUAGUGACGGUGACCAUUUGGGUCAGGUGACAGCGAGGAUGGAAACCAGCCUUCCCAUGGGCACCACCAGCAUUUCUGUAUCCCAGCAACAGGUGCCAAAGAAAUUUGCCCCAGUCGUGGCCCCCAAGCCCAAGUUCAACCCCUACAAACAGUUGGGAGAGGCAGCACAUGACACUGGAGGUGACUACCCUCCACCUCCUCCACCUGUUGUGGACGCCAGUGGCCUCCCAUCUCCCUCUACAUUUCCACCUCCUCCAUCCAUGGAUGAGUCCUAUCAGAUGAAGGGGCCGACAAAGACUCUGGAAGAGCGGCGUUCCAGUUUGGAUGCGGAGAUUGAUUCACUGACCAGUAUUCUGGCAGACCUAGAGAGCAGCUCCCCAUAUAAGCCUCGUCCUCCACAGAACUCUGCCAGCCCAGCUGUGACCAGUCCCACCUCUAACACUCCUGUAACUGGUUACAAACGGAUGGUGAUCCCCAACCAGCCACCCCUGACAGCCACCAAGAAGUCCACUCCCAAACCCCAAGCUCCACCAGCUGCCUCCCCAGGAGCUCCAAGUUCUGGCACUGCUCCCCGAACCCAGUACCAACCAGCCCCUCAGCCUGUUCCAGCCUCCUACACCACCGCCUCAACCCCAACCCACCCCACUUUCAAUGUCCAAGUGAGGGCUGCUCAGCCAGGCCCCCAGCACCAGAUGCCUGGGCCUCAGGGGUCUGCCCGUGGCCCUGGCCCUGUCCAGUACAUGCCUGCCCAGCCAAGAGGUCCUGAUUUUGCCUACGGACCUCCCCAGCCAGGCUUUACACCUGCUCCACACGGAGGGUACCAGGACCAGCAUUAUGGCGGAGGACCGGGAUACGGAGCAGGUGGGAAUACUUGGAGAGCCGAGCCCAGUCACCAAGCUGCUCCAGCAAACCAAGGGUACCAGCCCCCGACCCCAAAAAAGACCUACAUCACUGAGCCUCCGGCCAGCUUAGGAGGGCCUUAUGGAGGAGGGCCACCAGCCUCCCAGAAGGGUCCUGCUCAGUCUACCGCUCGACCUGAGGAAGAGCUGGACCGCCUGACCAAGAAAAUGCUGUACGACAUGGACCAUCCCCCUGCUGAGGAGUACUUUGGUCGCUGCGCCAGCUGCGGUGAGAACGUGGUAGGUGAGGGGACAGGGUGCACUGCUAUGGAGCAGGUCUUCCACGUUGACUGCUUCAUCUGUAUGACCUGCGGCUCCAAACUGCGCGGCAAACCCUUCUACGCUGUGGAGAAGAAAGCUUACUGCGAGCCCUGUUACAUCAACACUCUGGAGACUUGUAAUAUCUGCAGUAAGCCGAUAAUGGAGCGUAUUCUGCGGGCGACGGGGAAGGCCUACCACCCUCACUGUUUCACCUGUGUGGUGUGUCACCGUAGUCUGGAUGGUAUCCCCUUCACUGUGGAUGCGGCCAAUCAGAUCCACUGCAUCGAGGACUUCCACAAGAAGUUUGCCCCUCGUUGCUCGGUGUGUAAGGAGCCCAUUAUGCCGGCUCCUGGACAGGAGGAGACAGUGCGCAUCGUGGCCCUGGACCGUGACUUUCAUGUGCAGUGUUACCGCUGUGAGGACUGUGGAUCUCUGCUGUCUGAAGGUGAUAACCAGGGCUGCUACCCGCUGGACGGACACGUGCUCUGCAAAAACUGCAACACCAGCCGAAUUCAAGCCCUGACCGCCAAGGCCACCACCGAUCUCUGAGUCACACACACACACACACACACACACACACACAUAUAUGUAUACACAAUACACACUCACACAAACACAUACACUUCACAGAAAAUACUCACUUUACGCAAUAUUCAAGUUCCGCUAUAAUGAUCAGCAUACACUCCUCACCUUGUAAAACACUUACACUCUGAUAGAUUUUAGAUUUGUACAAGUCCCACCUUCAGUGGCGGCUGGUGAGCUGGAAACAGAGGAGGAACAAACCUCCCCUUUAAAUCUAUCAUUAAUUUCAACCUGUUCACGUUUAUCCGCCUUGAUUAACAAUAAAACUAACGAUUGGCAGAAUAAUUAACACCAGUCGCGUAAAUGGAGUAGAUGAUUAUCAGUGUCAUUUUGUGAUAGAGUUACUGUUUUUUUGCAGGCUAGUUGAGGUCUGAGUGGUAAACUUUAUUGUGCAUUGCGCUCAACGCUGAUGCAUUACGCAGAUAAAAGAUCCUGGUUUUUUCUAACCUAAAAGUUUAUUCUUAGAAAUUGAGAUCGAUUUCAAUAACUUAACUUCUGUUUUUUAAAUUUGAAUUUCGUAACACAAGAAAGCUACAACGUAAAACACGCUGAAGGAUUAGGUUUCCACAACGUACCAGGUCGUUGCCAUCCUAAACACUUUCACACUGUCGCUUUUGCUAUCGCACGCAAACUUCAGACAAUCCAGGGUGGUUCGCGAGCAUUUAAACAGAAUCUUCCAAAUCAAAUGAGCGCAUUUGACAUUAAUAUUCCCUGACGUCGAGCAGAGAGCGAAAAAGUACAAUUAUCCACAAAUUACAAGAACAUGUGGGUAUAACAAUUGCUACACAGUUCGGUAAAGAGAAGUAAUACUAUCAUGAAAUGACACUGUUCAAUCAUUUAUUCAAUUUAUGUGAUUGAUUCCAGCUCACCAGCUGCCACUGCCCACCUUAACACACAUGCACAACAAGAGGGCAUUGGUCAUAUGCUUACAAACAUACACAUCUAUUGAUAUGAUCUUUACCAUAUUAAUGCAGCACUUUACUGUUCUGUAUUUGUUACUGUAGAGUCAACAUAGAACACAGUAGCAGAAGGUAAUGCUAGUCCCACUUCAGGCUUCAUUCUCUAUGACUAGAGUGGAAUGUGACUUUUUAGGUUUAGUCAUGAUUCCACAUGGUUCUGGAAAUCCAAAUUUGGAAUGUGCCCUUUGCUCUAACUUCUGAACUGAGAAAUUCUGGUAGGGCUGCAUUCACACUGUUAUUUUGAGGUGUAACAACCAAAGUUAUGUUGCAUAACACGACAUUACAAGUCAAGCCACUUAAAGUGAUGGUGAACUGGGAUCACUCCAAUACUGGCAUCACUGUUUCAGGCUGAAAAUAUGCCACAUCACGCUCUUAGUGUAAAUCUUACAUUACAGGUGUUUUAAACUCAAGCAGAAAUAAACAUGUCUACCGUCAUAUAAACCCCCAUUUUAUAAUAGGCCUAUCCUUUUUUUAAAAAAUCAAAAACAGCGAAUAAAAUAAACCAAAACUUUCUUAGUCGAAUUCACUCAGCACUGAAUACUAAUACAUAAAAGAAUUUUUCAUCUCUGACUCCUUGACUAAGUUUGCUCUUUAAUUUGAUCUAAUUUUAAGUUUCCGCACCUGGUUUAUAGCUGCAAAUUAAGCACUUUGCAGUCAGCUCCAGUUGUUGUAUGCAGUACAGCCAUAUUAUAUAUACAGCACAUAUUAAUUGAUGCAACUUUGUGUGUUUUUGCCCUCUGUUGAAUACAGUUGAAGCUCCUCCUCUUCAUCUCACUAACAGUGGACAUGAGUGUAUUAAGCACUAAAUGAGGAUGGAAAACUGUAUUUAACCACAGUGUGAAUGCAACCUUGUUUUACCCUAAGGUGGGCGUUUCCAACUUAGCGUCAAGGUCACAUUGUACACCCGACUAUCAGCCUGUGUCUUUCCUAAAGGGACCAUUCUCCCUCUUCUGAUCUCAUUGUAGUGGGAGUAGACGAUUUGAGCAUUACUACUAAAAAGAUACAGAUAGGUUUUUAUUGUCUUUUAAUGACUUUAUUAAUGUUUUGACUCACAGAGGCAUGGAUAUAUUCUUACACUUGUACUAAACCACAAAUAGGAAACACCAGACACAAACACACACACAAACACACCUCUACACACACACGUGCUUAGUGUUGAGGCAUUGAGAAGUAUUGUUUUACUGUCCUGGACUUUCCAGGAAAGAUGUGCUAAUGCUUAUACUAGUUGGUAAUAAUCAUGUAUAUUAUUGUGCAUGAGAAUAUGUUUCCAGCUCAGUGCUUCACUCUUAAAUAUGCAUCAUGAGGAAAGAAUGAAAAAAAGCAAUUCAUAAAUUGAUACAAUCAAAUGGAUAAAGAACCAUACGUUUAAAUGUUCCACUCUUUGAUAUUGAAUGGAGGGGGUUUUUUUUCAGUAGAUUAUGAUUCAGCAUUUAACAAGUGAAACCUAGACCGAGACUUAUCCAGCCCUUACAAUUGCAAGUGUUCUUUUGGUUUUGUAAAGUGUGCACAUGUAAUACCUACAGAUUUUGAAUAUGCACAGGUAGAUACAUGCCUUCUGGUCUAAAUACACUCAGCUACAAAAUAUUUUCUGAAAAUAUUUUUCAAUGAAACAAUUACCAAAGAGCUACAUUUUUUUUUUUUUGUCGUUUUUAUGUUUUUGAACGUGAGUAGGUGUGUGGGUAUGUGGAUACACAUGAAUACAUAUGCAAUCUCUUGCGAGUUUGACAUUGCAUUGAUUGAAACUGUGAAUGCCCCCAGCACCCGGCCUGUCUGAACCCUAACCUAAGAAUGCUCCUCCCUUGCUCCCCUUUAUACUAUUCAAAGAAUUUCAAUCCAUUCAUGAGAUGUUUUCAGAACAUCCUUGCUUUCAUACAACUUCAGGUUCUGACUUAUAUGUAUAUAAUGGCAAAAAUAACUCAGCACCCCAGUUCAAUAUGCAAUGUGAAAAGCAAGAACCCACCUACGUGUUGUUCUAAAGAAAGUCUCUUUAAAGAACUCUUAAAAAAAAAAAGUUCAGCGUCUUCAGUUAUCUUGACAAUCGUCCAUUUUGACUAGUUGUUUACGAAGUUGCCUUAAAGUAAAAGUGAACAAUAAAGUUUGAAACGAUGCAGAGACAGUAAAAAUCCAGGACUUUCCCUUGUCACUCUAUUCUGUGAAAGUAAAACGGGUCCUUCUGCUGGUGUUUCUCCUUGACUCAGGAGAUGAAAGAAGAAAUUUACAGACCCAAUAUACAGUGGUUAAAUAAAAAUAGCAAUAUUGGAGAGGCCUCGGAAU